AGUAAAGGGCAAAGGGAAAUUUUCAACACGUUUACGCACUGCACAAUGGACGGGCCUCAUUAUUUCAAGUCCAUUCCAAGGGAAACAACUACGAAAAACAAUUCAGGUAAACAACGAAGUCACGUAAUGAUGACGGCAUGUUGGGCUUGUCUUUCAGUCAGGGGUCACUUACUGAAUAAAGCAGUACGCUGCACCGUGAUAAGGAAAUAUCAGGCUAGGUACAAGAAUAACGCCAGUGUCGAGCUACAGAAAGGUCCAUUAAACGGCACGAGAAUUCUCGACUUAAGCAGGGUGUUGGCAGGUCCAUAUUGUUCAAUGAUUUUGGGGGAUCUUGGAGCCGAUGUUAUAAAAGUUGAAAAUCCAGAUGGCGGGGAUGACACGAGGUUCUGGGGUCCACCAUUUUGUGGCUCCGAAAGUGCUUACUUCCUGUCCGUGAACAGAAACAAGCGGAGUGUCUGUGUAAAUAUUCGUGAAAAAGAAGGCCAGGAGCUGAUUAAACAGUUAGCCAAGAAAAGCGACGUUCUCCUUGAAAAUUAUAUUCCAGGAAAACUGUCUGAAUUUAACCUUGGGUAUGAACACAUUGCCGAAAUAGCUCCCCAUCUUGUUUAUUGCUCCAUAACAGGGUAUGGUCAGACUGGACCGGAUGCCAAACGGGCUGGAUAUGACGUCAUCGUAGCAGCCACCGGGGGAUUAACUCAUAUUACAGGACCCGAGGGUGGCGAACCAUGUAAAGUUGGCGUGGCUAUGACAGACUUAUCGACGGGUUUGUACGCAUACGGGUCAAUUUUGGCAGCGCUUUUACAUCGGUCUAAAACAGGGCGUGGCCAGCAUAUUGAUUGUAAUUUAUUGUCAACUCAGGUAGCAUCUCUAGUCAAUAUUGCCAGCAAUUAUUUAAAUGCGGAUAUGGAAGCUCAUAGACGAGGAACGUCACAUCCGAGUAUAGUUCCUUAUCAGGCGUUUGAGACAGUAGAUGGGUAUGUCAUGGCGGGAGCUGGUAAUGAUAAACAGUUUGAAAUUCUUUGUAAGCGUAUAGGUUUACCCGAUGUUUGUGACAAACAAGAUUAUGCAACAAACAGACGGAGAGUACAUAACAGGAAGUCGCUGAUAGACAUAUUAAGCAAGAGAUUCAAAUUAAAGACAACUUCUGAUUGGUUGUGUGUAUUGAGGGAUUCUGGGAUACCUUACGGACCAAUCAACAAUAUGCAGCAAGUUUUCUCCGAUCCUCAGGUGCUACAUAACUGCAUGAUUCAGAAGAUGGAUCAUCCUACAGCCGGGGAUAUACGUGUAGCAGGUCCGGCUGUGAAAUUUGGGGCUACAGAUACUGUAUUGAAUCACGUUCCACCAUUACUUGGAGAGCAUACACGAGAGGUGUUGAUGGAGUUGUUAGAGAUGACGGAUACUGAUAUAGACUGUCUUAUAAAACAAGGGAUAGUGAAAUGACUCUAAAAUGUGUUCGAAGAGUACAAGUAUUAAUACGUAUACGGAUCAUAUAUACAGUAUCAACAUGUGUUUUAUGCGCCCUAAAGAAUGGUUUAUAAGAUUUCACACGUUGAGUUUGCAGUGCGCAUUACUUAAAGGUCAGUGUUGAAAAGCUACCAUCGUUCAAGCUUCAUAAGUCCUGAUUCCAUUGAAUAUAUCGUUAUAAUGGAGUCAGAUCUUUACAAUUCUCGGGCUUCUUAUUUUCAGUAUAUUCGAAGAUCACCAGUCUACGGAUUCAUGAUUAGCGAAUAUAUUUCU